CGGAAACAGAACGUCCAAGAGGAGAGAAUUUGACAACCUAUCAAAUCCAAUUUGACGUGCAAUAUCCAUACGUCCUAUCUUAGUCCAUAAGGCUUUCCUGCGAACUCGAUGAAAGAGUUUGCAUGCUGGUACUACUCUUUGCAUCAAGAUUAUGACUACUAGGCUUUGGUGUCGGUGGGUUGAUUGGGGUGCGAACAGGAGCAUGGUCCCUAGCUCUUCUUAUAGGACUAUUCACAUGACUUGUCUUCCGAGGUCCUCCAAUUCGACUUUGUCUUGAAACACUUCCUCCACCAAUAGUAAAGUUGAAAUGUGUUUUCUUUGGUGUUUCACUGUUGCCCAAUCUUGUUGUGUCAGAUCUUGGAAAGAAUGGUGGUGGUGGGAACGGUGCUGAAACAAAAGGGGCAGGGGCAAAGGAAAUAGGAGUUGCUGUUGUUGUUGGUUGUACAGGGAAUAGGGGUGAAUUGCUGAAUAUCGGUAUUGCCGGGAAUAUCAUAUGGGAGUGAGUUGUCAUUUGUCGUUUUGGAGGCUGUCCAGGGGCAAUGCCAAAAGUAAAAGGAUUUUGUGGAGGACCUCCCCCGAACACUGAAAAAAGAAAUAAAUAAUUAUGUCUUCUGAGGACUAUUGGAAUGCUUCAGCUGGAACAAGCUUUCAAUUUGACGAUGACCCAAUUUUAAGUGAAGAUAAAUUACACAAUGAUGUUAUCUUCCAACCGAAACUCCAUAGAGCUGUGUUGCCGAUAGAAGAGUUGUUAAGCACUGACAAUUUGGAUAUUGUGCUAGAUGAUUUACAGUUUGCUAAAGAAACUCCCAAAAUAAAUGAAUCUGCAUUAAAUAAAAUGCUACACAAGUGGGUAGUGGUUCUUGCAGACCACAGAAGUAGUACGCAGAAGCUUAAACUGCUUGAUGAAGCAAUUGCUUCAAAUGACGGGGAUACCAUUUUAAACGUUGUUUUAUUUCUCAGUGCCUCGUUAGAUGAUCAACUCUUUUUGAGAUUAAUCACUACACGAGAAGUGGCACUCCAGCUUUACACUGGAUAUCUGUUUGCACAAAGGAACACAAGCAAAUUGGAAUCAUUAUACAUGUUAGGAUAUAUAAACUUCAGCCCGUUAAGAUUAAUGAGUUUAUACAUGGAUGAAAUAUUUCCGGUGGAUAUUAAACUGAAACGGGCCAUAAAAUUUCAAAAACUGUUUAAACUUUUUAUGACAAGGGACUUUGAAAAACUUUUGUUGGACAAUUAUAUUUUAAAUCUUAGUACCACAGCACACUAGUGAUAUAACGAAAUAAGUUUUGCCAGUCGCGCUAUAACGAAACUUAUAUUCAAAAAAUACUACCCUAGUCAAAUUAUA